AUGACGACCAUCCAGGCCGAGAGUCUCAUCCCCGAGGCGACCCUCCAGCGUCUCGCCCCCUCCAUCGGGGGCUACUGGAUGGUCCUUGGACAGGCUGCGGAUCGUGUUACUCUCGCCUACGUUAUGAACGGCGGACAUAAUUCCAUCACGUACGAGAUCUUCACCUGCUCGACCGAGGAUGAGGUCGCCAAUGUUUGUGGCGAUGCCGUCUAUGAUUACGACCCGAAUUUCUCUGCCCUUCCCGCGCCUACCAGAGGUGCUCGCCGUGUGGGCGGUAACAACAACCCUCUGGAAUUGACCAUGCGUGAACGCCCCAACGUUCAGGGACAGGGACAUGGCGUUCAGCGUCCUGAGAGAAUCAAUGGCUCAGGCCAGAUGGGCAUGAACCAGCAGCAGAUUGCCGCCAUGCUCAUGCAAGGUCAACCUCAGGGCUUUCAAGGCCACGCACCCGGCGCCCUUCAGACGAUCAACAACGGAAAUUUCGGAUCCAACACCGGAAACCACAUCUAUCUUCCCAACGCCUUCGUUAGCACCGAAGAUGGUGUUGAUGAUGCGGCGUCUUGGCAGCCUGUUGUCGCUGAUCUCGCUUUGAUCGGCCCUGAUGCGACUCAGUUCGUCUCCACCGGCGAGAUCACAGUUGGUUUCAUGGGUACUGAGCACGAUGCUCCGGUCGAAUGGGGUCUCUUCACCAACAACUGA